AAGUGUAACCAAGGGGGGACACUUUCGGGGACAAGUGGCAGGGCCGCAUGUCUCAAGCCAGGCUGAAACGUCCCCUGCUGCCCCGGUGACCCGCCAGCCCUCUGCCGAAGGGACACCCACCGAGCAGGGGGCAGCGGCCGAGCAAGGGGCAAAGGGGCAGCGGGAGGGGCAGGACCCCCCGGGCCACGCUGGGAAACCCCCGGGGGGAGCGGAGGCUCCUGCCGGUGACACUCGUGGGGUCGGUGGCCCCGCGUGAGAGUCCGGCGUCCCCGGGUUGGGCCUAAUUGUGCCGCUAACGGGGCUCCCGACGGCGGCGGGACGCCCGGGGUUACCGGGGGGCGGGGGUCCUGCCCGCUCGGCCCCGCCCCCGUUGCCACGGCGACGUUGUCAGCAAUCCUCCGGCCACGCCCCCCGCCCCGCCUGGGCCAAUGGCGCGGCGGCGCCCGGCCUGCUGCCCGGUGACGUCAUGGCCGGUGAAAAUCCCCCGUGGCCGCGGGAGCGGCGCUGGCGGCGGCGCGGCCCCGUGGCCCGGCGCGGCCCGGCCCGGCCCGCAGCAUGGCCAAGCAUCACCGCACGCCGCCGCGCUCCGCCGAGCCUGUCAUCGAGGUGAAGAGCAAGUUCGACGCCGAAUUUCGCCGCUUUGCCAUGAAGCGCUCCAGCGCGGGCAGCUUCCAGGAUUUCUACCGCCUGCUGCAGACGGUGCACCAGAUCCCGCGGGUGGACGUGCUCCUGGGCUACACAGAUGUCCAUGGUGACCUCCUGCCCAUCAACAAUGACGACAACUACCACAAAGCCGUGUCCUCCGCCAACCCCCUCCUCAGGGUCAUCAUCCAGAAGAAGGCAGAGUCUGAUGCCAGCGUCUUCGCCUCGAACUCCUUGCAGCGGAAGAAGAAGGGGCUGCUGCGCCCCGCGCACUACCGGGCCAAGCCUCACCUCCUCAUCGGCAUGCCCCAGGACUUCCGCCAGAUCUCCUCCAUCAUCGACGUGGACAUCCUGCCCGAGACCCACCGCCGUGUGCGGCUCCACAAGCACGGCUCCGACAAGCCGCUGGGUUUCUACAUUCGCGACGGUGUUAGCGUGCGUGUGGCCCCGCAGGGCGUCGAGAAGGUGCCCGGCAUCUUCAUCUCUCGCCUGGUGAAGGGUGGCUUGGCUGAGAGCACGGGGCUGCUGGCGGUGAGCGAUGAAAUCCUGGAGGUCAACGGCAUCGACGUGGCUGGCAAGUCCCUGGACCAGGUGACAGACAUGAUGGUGGCCAACAGCCACAACCUCAUCAUCACCGUCAAGCCAGCCAACCAGCGCAACAACGUCAUCCGCAGCAGCAAGGCCUCGGGCAGCUCGGGCAUGUCCACGGACAGCACCCCCAGCCAGCAGACCCCCAGCCCGGCCUCGCAGUACCUGAGCAACUACAGCACGGCCGAGAGCGACGAGGAGGGUGACCUGGUCAUCGAGAGCGACAGCGCGCCCCACUACAUCCCCGGGGGCUGCCCCAACGGGGGCCCCGCGGACGGACCCCUCCAGCGGAGCCUGUCCCCGCACAGCUCGCGGGGCUCCCUGCAGUCCCUCGGCAGCCAUGAUGGCAGUCCCGGCCGGGGCAGCGGGCGGGAGGACGGCACCCUCCUCACCCUAUAGCUGUGGGGUCCUGAGGGCACUGGGGCGCUGUCAGGGCCGAUGGGCAGGGGGCGAGCGGGGCUGCCCGCUGCCCUCUCCCACCACCCGCAUCCCUGGGAGCCCCACUGUGACACCUGCUCCCUCCGGGCACUGCCCCUCCGCGGCCCCUCGCCUCCCACUCCCCUCCCUCCAAACAAGUGGGAUUUUUUAAUUGUUUUAUUGAAAUAUGCAUCAUCAAUUAAUAUAUUGCAACGGACAGUAAAACCUUUUCUAGAAAGCACCAGCCCUUGUCCCUUGUUCGUGUCACUGUGGGGGCUGGACCCCAACAGCCGUGGGUCACAGCUCCCCCAGGACCACAAGCAGACCCAGCGCCACGGGAGGGGACGGGCAUGUCCCCUACCAGCCCCAUCGCCCUAUUCCACGUGCCAUGGCCUGUCCUGUCAUGGGUCAGCACGAGCCCCAUGACCAGCUCUGCAAGUCCCCUGGGAGAAGGGGCAAAAUCGGCCCCAUGGUACCACCUGGGUGGGGACUUCGUCCCUGCAGGCGCAAGGCAGAGCCUGGGAGCGGCACCCGCCCACGGCACACGGCGUGGCUGUACUGCUGAAGCCCAUCGCGGGGAGGAACAGGGGGUCUGGGGGGGGAUGCUGCAGCAUGUCCCUCUCCCUGCACAUCCCUGUUCCACAGCAACAUCCAGGCUGUUUUGGGCAGCGA